UGUUCCAUCCAUAUUUUCAGCAAAUAUGGCAACUACCUUAACCCAGACUCACAAGGACCAGCUCUCCAACUGGAUAAAUCCAUCGAAAAAACACACGUUUAAUUUACUGUACAAGAUCAGCCGAGACGGAUGUAACGCCCCGACCUUCCAUAGUUACUGUGACAACAAAGGACCAACUGUCACUGUCCUGUAUAACACUAACAACUCAGUGUACGGGGGAUACACCUCUGUCAACUGGAACUCAUAUGGGGACUAUAUUACUGAUGCCCAGGCGUUUCUGUUUAAACUGGAUUAUAAUGGUACAACCCAGCCAAUGAAAUUUCCUAUCCACACAGACGACACAUACGCAAUCUAUGGGCAUGCCAGUUACGGACCAACGUUUGGAGGAGGUCAUGCCUUGCAUUGCUUCAAUGGAACUGUGUCUAAAGCUGGGUAUUAUUUCCCAUUGAACGGUUACUACGGUUCGGGAAAUACGUACGACAUGCAGGGACAAAGCAAUAACACUGUGAUGAAUGGUCAUCUAAAUGUCAAGGAACUGGAGGUUUACAGUGUACAAGAGCUCACCAGGGAGGAAGAAGAACUGCUUGAAAAGACAAAGGAAGCAAAUCAGUUACUCGAGAAAACCAGAACGGAGCUGCAAAAGGAAGAAGCUCUAUUGGAAAAACAAAAGAAGGCAAACGAGUUACUCUUAAAAACCAUGGAGGAGCUGAGGAAGGAAGAAACACUUCUACAAAGUCAAAAGAAAGCAAAUGAAUCACUCUCAAAGCCGUGGAUUUGUAAUAUCGACUGGAAUUCUACCUUUGAGGAAGAACUAAAGGAUAAAGUGGUAUCUUAUAAACCGUUAACCGGAACGGAUAUCAAGCAGGCGAGAAUCCUACUAGUCGGACAGGUCGGGGCUGGAAAGUCUAGCUUCUUUAACACCAUCAACUCAAUCUUCAGGGGCCAUCUAAGUAUUCAGGCCAAUGCAGGCAGUGCUGAACAUAGUUUAACCACCUCUUACCGGAUGUAUCAAGUGAGAGCAGGAUAUGCUGGAAAACCUCUCAACUUCCGGUUAUGCGACACACGUGGUAUAGAAGAAGACCAAAGCCUUGAUGAUCAGGAAUUCAAUUAUCUACUUGACGGUCAUGUCCCCGAUAAAUACAAGUUCAACCCGGCCCUUCCUCUUUCGCCUGACGCCAUAGGAUUCAUUAAGAACCCCACGCUGUCAGAUAAAAUCCAUUGUGUGGCUUUUAUCCUGGACGCUAGUUCUGUAGACGUCCUCCCACAGAAAGUGAUGGAGCGGUUCAAGUCAUUGCAGACACGGAUGAACCAAAGAGGUAUACCGCAGGCUGUUCUGUUGACUAACAUAGACAAAAUAUGUGAGGAAAUAUCAGAUGACGUCAGUAAAGUGUUCUUCAGUGGAGCGGUGAAAGAGUGUGUGGAGAAGGUUGCCAUGAUGAUGGGACUACCACAGUCCCAAGUACUUCCUGUUAAAAACUACCAUCGCGAGGUCGAGCUAGAUCAAAACAUCAACAUCCUAUCACUUAUGAGCCUCAAGCGAAUCCUCAACUUUGUCGACGACUUCCUCUACAACAAGCUGGAUGAGAUUGAGGCUGAAAAUGGAGCUCAAGUCAGAAUCCCUGAAUCUAAAUAAAAUUAGGGAAAUAUGUGUUGGACAUUUGCGGCCAAGCUACACUGUACGUGGAAAAUAGUAGGCUAAAACCAAAAGAUAUUUGGCUCUUUUACUAAACCAUACAGUUUCGUCAGUCUUUAACAAAGGCAUAAGACCAUGAGGCUCUCGGCUAGAAAAAUUCCAUUGUUUUCAUAUCCCACCGCCUUCCCUUUGUAGGGAAUUUAUUAUCAUUUUGAUUUACAUUUAUUUGCUAUAGAACUUAUGGGGUAUCUAUCGCUGAAGAUGACGGCAGGUUAAUCUGCUUCGAUUGUCCUUGCUAGACGUAGCCAUGAACAAGUCUGUAUUUGAGUAUAAUCGGAAUUCUAUUAUUCUUAAAUAUUUAAUCCACUUGUAUGUUUUUCGAUUAUCCAACAUGUCAUAAUGAAGGUAAGCAUCUUCAUUAUGUUGCCCUGGUGAACAUAAAAACUCCUAGAAAUAAAGGAUGAAAUUUAAAGGAUGGAUACAGCUAGGCGCUUGUAUCUGUUAAUUAACACCAGAGUUAAAAUCAUCCUCGAUAUGUACUAUAUACAGAAAGGUAUUCAGCUUCCGUUCGAGAUCUUCGGAAGAUCGUUCGAACAUCCUCGUAAAAAAAAUGAAAAUUCGAGAUUUUUCAUAAUUGCUCUGAUCUUGCAAAAACUAAUUUGAAACCAAAGGCACUUAUGUCUCACAGAACAGACGAUCUCUGCUUCAGAAAUAUACGGAGGUAAACUUAUGUGUUUAAUUGGUAAAACGCACGUGACUUAUGUUUUGGACGUCACAUAAAGGUUAGUCGAGAAUGUUAAAGUGAUGUAGCUACAAACUACGACAAAAUUUGAAAAAUAUCGAAUUUUCUGAUUUUUUUAUGAGGUCCGAACGAUUUUCCCAGGUUCUUGAACGGAAGCUGAAUACCUUUAUGUAUAAAGUACAUAUCGAGGAUAAUUUUGACUCUGGUGUUGAUUACAAACACACAAUUUAACAAAAAUAACAAUGUACAAUCUACCGGGAAAAUGCCUCCCCUAUAACAAGUACAUUUCAUAUUCAGUUGAUAGGCUGAGCCUUAGUAUGUACGAGUCAAACACAUCGGACAGGAAGCUAUUUCCCGGGGAAAAUGCUAAUUUAUCUCUUUAGUGAAAAAUGUCCUGGUACAAGGGAGGCCACUCCAACAUUGCUCUCCUCACCACAACAUUGCUUUUUGAAGAACACAAGAGAGGUUACUAUAUAAUUUCUCUAGUGAAAACUGUCUUAGGACAAAUGAUUAAGCACACAAGGGAGGCUACUCUUUCAUUUCUUAUGAGAAAACUCUCCUAUAAAUGCUAGAAUACGUAAUAAUGAUCAAGGUUAACGCCUUAAGUUAUUACCUUGUAGGGUCAACAAUUUUAAUGUGAUUUUUGUUUGAAAUAAUGUUUAGUUAAUCAUAUUCGCUCAUUUGUGUGUAAUGAUUUUUUGUGAUAUAUAAUAAUGUUAUUUAUGCGAAAAUUAUUAUCACUUAUGAUGUAAGUGUGAUGAAUGCUACAUGGUUUUUAUUGCUUGGUAUAUUUUAUCUAUUGUCAUAAUUGAAUAAUCUAAUUAUUAUCAUAAUUAUUGUUCAUGUGCAUGAGUUGUUUGCCGUAUUACCGUCAAUUGUUUUUCGGCAGGAUGAACUUGUUCUUGAUCAUCCAGAUUAUGAUUGCAUAAUUCACAAUAAGCUGUGCAAUGCCUGAUUUAAUUUCCAUUUAAAAUCCGCCAUAUUAAUUUUCAGCUUCAAUAAAAUAAAUUAAAGGUAAC